CCACACAAGCCACGUCUACGUCAACAGCAACCACCAAGAAAGAAAUGGAGACCAGUACCGGAAUCGCUGUCAACGCAGACUGAAACCAUCCCUGUCCCUACAGAAGCACCAACGACAAUAUCGUCGACAGUAAGAGUACCGGCAACGCAAGCGUCGACAAAGCAGCCUGCGACGACGCCCGCUCCCUCAACGCAAGCUCCGACGACGACGCAAGUACCAAUUACGCAACCUUCCACAACACGGUCCUCUUCUACUCCAGCACCAGUGCCCACAACAGCUUCGCCAAGUACGACGCAUUCCGCAACGGCUCCUCCUGUGCCGAGAGCUAUCGCACCAGCACGUGUACAACCACCGGAACAGAGAGAAUUCGACGCUCGAGUUGUUUGCGCACUACCACCGGACGCAGGAUCAUGCUUCGAUUAUGUUCCUCGAUGGUUCUUCAACGCCCAAAGCAGUCAGUGUGAACAGUUCUCGUAUGGCUCUUGUGGCGGAAACGAGAACAACUUCGCUGAUAGGACCGUGUGUGAAAUCAAGUGCAUGCCAGCUCAUGCUGCAUUGUUAUCUCACGUACCCGAACGAUGCACAUACGAGCGAGAUGGAGGCUUCGGCAAAGGUUACAACGUUAAGUGGUGA